GUGAUUGUAUUAUGAACCUGGAUCGUCAUAAUGAUUCUACAUGUUAUAAUAUGCCAUGGCCUUUACUGGCCAAAGGUUAAACUGCUGUUAUGGUUAUGAUAUAUUAUGGUGUUGUGUCACUUGACUUUGACCAGAUAUUAUUGCAUCCAAAGUUCAACUGUACAUAGAACAUAGAUACAGAGACACUUGUCAUCAGGAAGGUGCUCUCUCAGCACAACGGAAAAUAUCUCAAUGACUUGAGUUCUGGUUGUGAAUUCAGGCUACAAGUCCAAUCAAGCAGGAGAGACCAGCCUCCCCUGUACCCAGCUGUGUGUCCAUGAAGAGUGACUGGUCAAUGGAUAAAAUGAUAGACUUCAGAGAGGGAGAUUAUUCUACUGAACAAAGAACCGAACAGGAGACAACAGAGUCAGAGAUUAUCAGUGGUCAGUCUUCCCAGAGUCAUCAAACAGACCUGGCCUCUAUAUUCAGUAACGAGCUGAAGAGGUACAAGAGGAUUCUUAGUCCAGAACUCCCAGAAGGCUUCGAGAAUCAGAAGCAGGAUAAGGAAGUGGUGGAUGCUGAAGAUGAGAAGCAGGAGAGCAGUGCCAGAGAGGGAGCUCUGAAGAUCACACUGCACGUCCUGAGGAAAAUGAACCAGAAGGAGCUUGCUGACACACGGGAGAAAAAUUCAGAUGAACUUGCUGUGAUUUGUCAACGUGAACUCAAAUCUAAUCUAAAGAAGAAGUUUCAAUGUGUAUUUGAGGGGAUCGCUAAACAAGGAAACCCAACACUUCUAAAUAAGAUCUACACAGAGCUCUACAUCACAGAGGGUGGAACAGGAGAGGUCAAUAAUGAACAUGAGCUGAGACAGAUUGAGACAACAACCAGGAAACAAGCAAGACCAGAGACUGCAAUCAAAUGUAAUGACAUCUUCAAACCCUUAACUGGACAAGACAAACGUAUCAGAACUGUGCUGACAAAGGGAGUCGCUGGCAUUGGAAAAACAGUCUCUGUGCAGAAGUUCAUUCUGGACUGGGCUGAAGGAAAAGCAAAUCAGGAUGUCCAAUUUGUAUUUUCAUUCCCUUUUCGGGAGCUGAAUUUGAUGAAAGGGGAAAAACACACUUUGAUUGAACUUCUCAAUCACUUCUCAAUGGAAACCAAAGAAUCAAGAAUCUCCAACUACGACAAGAACAACAUUCUGUUCAUCUUUGAUGGUCUGGAUGAGUGCCGACUGCCCCUAGACUUCCAGAACAACAAGAUCUGUUGUGACGUCACAGAGUCGACCUCAGUGGAUGUUCUGCUGACAAAUCUCAUCAAGGGAAAACUGCUUCCCUCUGCUCUCCUCUGGAUAACUACCCGACCUGCAGCAGCCAAUCAGAUCCCCCCUGAGUGUGUUGACCAGGUGACAGAGGUACGAGGGUUCAAUGACCCACAGAAGGAGGAGUACUUCAGGAGAAGAUUCAGUGAUGAGGACCUGGCCAGCAGAAUCAUCUCACACAUAAAGACAUCAAAGAGCCUCCACAUCAUGUGCCACAUUCCAGUCUUUUGUUGGAUUUCUGCAACAGUCCUUGAACACAUUCUGGAACAUAAGAGAGAAGAGAUGCCCAAGACUCUGACUGAGAUGUACACACACCUUGUGGUGUUUCAUACCAAACAGAAGAAUGAAAAGUAUCUUGGGAAAGAAGAGACAGGUCCAGACUGGAAUAAAAAGAGCAUUCUGUCACUGGGAAAACUGUCUUUUCAACAGCUUGUGAAGGGAAAUAUAAUGUUCUAUGAAGAAGACCUGAAAGAGUCUGGCAUUGAUGUCAAUGAAGCCUCAGUGUACUCAGGAUUGUGCACACAGCUCUUUAAAGAGGAAUGUGGGCUGUACCAGGACAAGGUGUACUGCUUCGUGCAUCUGAGCAUUCAGGAAUUUCUGGCUGCUGUAUAUGUGUUCCUCUCAUUCAGCAACAACAAUGAAAAUCUAAUGGCCGAACUGCAAUCAACAUCCAGCAACGAUUGUCUACUGAAGACAGAAGUUACUGUCUACAAGAGCGCUGUGGAUAAAGCCUUACAAAGUGAGACGGGAAACCUGGACCUUUUCCUCCGCUUCCUUCUGGGCCUCUCACUGGAGUCCAAUCAGAAGCACUUACGAGGUCUACUGACAACGAUAGGAAGCAGUUCACAGACCCAUGAAGAAACAGUCAACUACAUCAAGGAGAAGAUCAGGGAGAAUCCCUCUCCAGAGAGGUGCAUCAAUCUGUUCCACUGUCUGAAUGAACUGAAUGACCAUUCUCUAGUGGAGGAGAUCCAAAGCUACCUGAGAUCAGGAAGUGUCUCCAGUGAUGAACUCUCACCUUCACAGUGGUCAGCUCUGGUCUUUGUGUUGCUGACUUCAGAAAAGGACCUGGAUGUGUUUGACCUGAAGAAAUACUCCAGAUCAGAGGAAGGUCUUCUGAGGCUGCUGCCAGUGGUCAAAGUCUCCAGAGCUGCUCUGCUGUCAGGCUGUGGAGUGACGGACAAAGGCUGUGUUUCUCUGGUCUCAGCUCUGAAGUCAAACCCCUCACACCUGAGAGAGCUGGAUCUGAGUAACAAUGACCUGAAGGAUUCAGGAGUGAAGCUGCUCUCUGCUGGACUGGGGAAUCCCCACUGUAAACUGGAGACUCUGAGGCUGUCAGGCUGUCUAGUCACAGAGGAAGGCUGUGGUUCUCUGGUCUCAGCUCUGAAGUCAAACUCCUCACACCUGAGAGAGCUGGAUCUGAGUAACAAUGACCUGAAGGAUUCAGGAGUGGAGCUGCUCUCUGCUGGACUGGGGAAUCCCCACUGUAAACUGGAGACUCUGAGGCUGUCAGGCUGUCUAGUCACAGAGGAAGGCUGUGCUUCUCUGGUCUCAGCUCUGAGGUCAAACCCCUCACACCUGAGAGAGCUGGACCUGAGCUACAAUCACCUAGGAGACUCGGGAGUCAGACUGCUCUCUGCUGGACUGGAGGAUCCAAACUACAGACUGGAGAAACUCAAUGUGGAUCAUGGUGGAGAGAACACAAUGAAACCUGGGCUUAGAAAAUAUGCCUGUGAUCUCACACUGGACCCAAACACAGCACACAGACUCCUCUCUCUGUCUGAGGAGAACAGAAAGGUGACAUGUGGGAGAAAGAAGCAGCCGUAUCCUGAUCACCCAGAGAGAUUUGAGGUCUGUAGACAGGUGCUGUGUAGAGAGCUUCUGACUGGGCGCUGUUACUGGGAGGUAGAGUGGAGUGGGGGAUGGCCAGUUAUAGGAGUGACAUAUAAAGGAAUCAACAGGAGAGGAGAGGGUAAGGACUGUGGACUCGGAUGGAAUGACAAGUCCUGGAGUCUGUUCUGCUCUGACAACAGUUACACUGCCAGGCACAAUUAUAAUACCACUCUCAUAGACGUCCCUUCCUCCAGCUCCCACAGAGUAGGAGUGUAUCUGGACUGGCCAGCCGGCACUCUGUCCUUCUACAGAGUCUCCUCUGACACACUGACCCACCUGAACACAUUCUACACCACAUUCACUGAGCCCCUCUAUCCAGGGUUUUGGGUUUAUGAUGACUCUUCAGUGUCCCUAAUCAAACACAACACAAUAUUUUAAUAAAAUAUAAAAUAAGAAUAUAAA